AAAAAAAAUGGCAGCCUCCAUGGAACAUACACGAUUGACAUUUUCCGAGGCAAAAUCACUAAUUUCAAAGUGCUCAUUUUCCCACCUUGAAGCUGUUUCAUCUAAGCGACAUGUUGUUUUACCUCCUAAGUUUUUUAACAGUAUUUUACAAGGCGUGAAGGAACAUCUCAACUCCGAACUGCAGUUAGUUGCAAGCUGGACAGAUGGAGUACUAAUGGCCUAUAACAAUGUGAAAAUCUUGGAAACAGUCGGAAGGAUAUUUGAUGAAUCUCCUUACAUUCAUUUUAAUGUAGAAGCAGACUUUAUAAUGUUUAGACCUACAGUUGGGUGUUUGUUGAAGGGAAUUGUCAACAAAAAGAGUACUUAUCAUGUUGGCUGUUUGGUCCAUCAGUGUUUUAAUGCUUCCAUACAUAAACCAAAAGACAUGCAGUCAGAAUGGGAAGGCACACAAUUGCAACUAGGAGAUGAGUUUAUUUUCAAAGUCACAAACAUUUAUACUAAUAAUGGAGUAUUAUCACUAAGAGGCAAUAUUCACGAGAAAACACCAAAAAAGAAAAAGAAAUCCAAAAAGAAAAGUUUAGAAACAGCAGACAGUUCUUUGAAAGACAAUGAGGACGACCUUGGGAAAGGAGAUAGUUUUGUAUCAGAUUCAAAUAAUUCAAAUGUGGAUAGUGGGAUUGGAGAUAUAUCUCUUAUAAAACCCCAAAAAAGGAAAAAGAAAACAAAUGAAGAAGCAAACAAUAACUUAGAUAUUAACAAUGGUUCAGAAACACCAAAACAUAAAAAGAAAAAGAAACACAAAAAUGAACAAGAUCCAUACGAAAAUGGUUUGGAUAUAACAGAUGAAGACAGUUCCAGUCAAAAAAAGAAAAAGAAGAAACAUAAACAUGACAAUAAUGAACAUGAUAAUAGAUCAGAAAAUGGUUUCUUGUCCAAAAGUAUGAAUGACGGUAGUUUUAAACAGAAAAAAUUUAAGCAAGAAACAUUGAACCAAAGUGAAUCAGACUUACAGCAUAUACCUGAAACCAGUCUUAUUACUGAUUAUAAAACUGGGAAAAAGAAGAAAAUUAAGCAAGAAUGUAUAGAUGAAUCAUUAUCCUCAGAGAAAAUUUCAAAGAAAAAGAGAAGACAUUCUAAUAUAGAUGAUAGUCAAGACUUUACAGUCUCUUCAACAAAGAAGAUUAAAAAAGAAAGAAUGUAAUUUUAUCAAAUUGAUUAAAAAGUCUAUAUUAAAAGAUUUAUUCUGAGAAAGACCACAUGAAUUAAUAUAACAACAAAUUAUGAACAUCAUUUAUCAUGUUUAUAAUUAUUGAACAAAUCAAUGUACAAUGUAUUGUUUCUCUAUCUUCUCAGAUUGUCUUUUAACUUGUAUCCCAUGUUACAAACUAUUUGGCAGGACGAUGAUUUAAAUAUCUGUCAUUCCUUUCUUAUUACAUGGAUAUCAAUA